CGGUCGGGCGGUCUCCACCGAGACGUCCUGCUCUGGACGCUGCCUUGGUGGGAGUGCCGUUCGAGCUUGUGUGGUCUUUAGUGGGCCUGACCUUCCCCGUGAGGACGAGACACCAAAUGUCUCAGCAGACUGCUGUCACGGCUGACCGCUGAGUGAAAACAAGCAAAACCACCUUAGGUGUGGGGGACACUCGACAGUUACAGAGGCACACAUGCUGAGGUCAUCCUGACACCUGUCCUGCGGCCCAGCCCAGCUUCUCCGGCGCUUGAGAUCCCUCCCGGGGCCCCAGGAAGGGGGCCCCGUGGAGAGUUGGGGGACAGCUAGGUUAGCCUUUGGAAGGGAGGCCUGGGGAAUGAGGCCGGCAGCGGGCGCACAGGCCGUGUGCAGCACUAACACUGUCGCCUCCCAGGGAACGUUGAUGUUUCCGCAGAACGCUCUUUGCAAGAGGCUGAGUGGACACGCCACAGUCACCAGGAAUUAAUUCCUCCCGGUGCUGGAGGCUGGACGUCCAGAUCCGGCUGCCUCUGGAGACAUGGGUGACAAAGGACAGAAGGGCAGUGUGGGUCGCCAUGGAAAAAUUGGUCCCAUUGGUUCUAAAGGUGAAAAAGGAGAUUCUGGUGACAUAGGGCCCCCCGGCCCUAAUGGAGAACCAGGCAUCCCGUGUGAGUGCAGCCAGCUGAGGAAGGCCAUCGGGGAGACGGACAACCAGGUCAGCCAGCUGACGGCGGAGCUGAAAUUCAUAAAAAAUGCACUGCCCCCCCCCCGCAGCUGUCGCCGGCGUGCGCGAGACCGACAGCAAGAUCUACCUGCUGGUGAAGGAGGAGAAGCGCUACGUGGACGCGCAGCUGUCGUGCCAGGGCCGCGGGGGCACGCUGGGCAUGCCCAAGGACGAGGCCGCCAAUGGGCUGAUGGCCGCCUACAUCGCGCAGGCCGGCCUGGCCCGCGUCUUCAUCGGCAUCAACGACCUGGAGAGGGAGGGCACGUUCGUGUACUCGGACCGCUCGCCCAUGCAGACCUUCAACAAGUGGCGCAGCGGCGAGCCCAACAACGCGUACGACGAGGAGGACUGCGUGGAGAUGGUGGCCUCGGGCGGCUGGAACGACGUGGCCUGCCACGUCACCAUGCACUUCCUGUGCGAGUUCGACAAGGAGCACGUGUGAGCGCGCCGCGCACGUGGCCCCAGCGGAGCAGUGCGCACGCGCGCGGGCCCCCAGGCACCUGCCGCCUGCGCGGGGCGGGGCGGGGCCCCACUGGGGGGCGGGGCGACGGCGGCCUCUGAACCGCCCGGGAGGAAAGAGGUUUCCGGGAGUUAUUUCUCAAGUGAGGUUUUAUCACUUGUAUUGUAGCCAAGUCUCAUUAUGGAAUCAUUACUCAGAAUUGCUCUUGCCUUUGUCCUGACUAUAAAAUAAAAGCUUAAACAUGAUAAUCGUCAAGUACCAACAA